GGCGUCGCAAAAAAAGUUAUAAAAUAAAAAAAAUGUUUUGUUUAAAUUAGUUUCCUCAGCAAAAUGUCGUACAGAACGAAUGAUAUAUUGCAAAGGGUCCGCGAUGCGUCAAGCGCUGCCAUCAACUCUUUGCAGACCAUACGCAUUGCGGAAAUUCGGCAGACCUUUGAAUUCUUGGGCGUGCAGCACUUUGAAGUUGUAGUUGCUCUAUUCUUUUUUGUAAUGCUGCAAUUUACAAAAUUUACUGCAGUUCUUAUAAUUGCCUGUGUGAUAGCGCACUUCAUUUUUUAUGUGUGGGAUACAUACUUUCCGGAAAUAGCUGAGAGCAUGUCCAAAACUAAACACGACUCUGCUGAUGCUUUCUAUGCUUCUGUGCCACAUACAUAUUCGCAGCAACCAUCAACUUCUCCCUCUCAACGAGAUGCACGUACUUCUGUCUUUCUGCCACCGUUUACACGUCCUCAUGAAGACCACAGCGACUCGCCCGCACCCAAGGAUGGAGCUACAGCUCAUCACAGUCAGAACACACUAGCUGCUACACGUACCCCAAUGGAGAAUACUAAUCGAAAAAUAUCUAUGCAAUCCGGAGCUGCUACACCAAUAGGCCAUCGUCUUUCAAGCACAGACAAUCGUCCACAACGCAGAGUGCCAUUCCCCUCGCUCUUUGAUGAUUACAAAGCACGACGCAUUGCUAACAACGAUCGGGAGCCUGUCACGUAUCGCCGAAUCGUGCACAGUGAUAACAGGCCACAUCGCCAUGCAGUUCCAGAACCAUAUACAACAUAUCGCUAUUUGAAUCCGGGUGAGGAGCCAAGACCACGACGAUUGCCGGCAUUAUCAUCCGAUGAAGCCAGAAUACUAAAACAAAACAAACGCGCUACCACAAGCAAUGGCAAGCCCUCGUCGCAUAGACGAACUGAAGAUCUGUUUGAUCGCUAUCGAAGUGCAUCCCGUGAUAAUAUAGUGAGUAAGAAUCGAAAUAGUCAUGGUGCCAGCUCGAGUAGGCCUAAUCAGGGCACAAGUGGUCGAAAUGAUGUCAACGCUCUUCGCAGUGCUAAAGUCAUGGAUCAAAAAGGACUGCGAAAACAUUUGAAAAAUGAUGAAACUAGAUUUACUAAACAAGAACUGUGUCGCCGAGAUUUUCCCUAGCAAUUACAACUGAUGCCGGAUAAUGAAAGCAACGUUCGUUCGGGCACAUCGAGUCCUGAAAGUGAAUGCAUAAGCCAGAUAUCACUAGUAUAUCCUUACGUUAUUGAAGCAAUGAACCAAAGCAGUUCCAUCGAAUUUAAAGAAAAGCAAAUGGCAACAAAACCGAGCACUAACCCUGCAGCCCAAGAAGUGAGCAAUGAAAACUUAAAGCAAGAUGAGAGCAACGAUUUAACUAAUAAUGUGGAACCAUAUCCAUAUAUUGUGGAAAUUGCAUCACAAAGUAGUCGAAUCCAGAACAAUAUGUAAACUUUCAUUGUUUUGUUAAAAACAUACUCAUCUAAAAUUAAACAGUUUAUUAAGAUUGCGUUCAAAUACAAUGAGGAA